AUGGUCAAGGACACCAAAUUCUACGACUGCCUGGGGGUUCCUGCCACGGCCUCUGAUGCCCAACUGAAGACUGCCUACAAAAAGGGUGCUCUCAAGUAUCACCCUGACAAGAAUGCCGAUAACCCCGAGGCGGCCGAGAAGUUCAAGGAACUGUCGCACGCCUACGAGACUCUGUCCGACCCGGAGAAGCGACAAGUCUACGACCAAUUUGGUGAGGAGGGUCUGGAGAAUGGCGGUGCCGGUGGUGGCAUGAACGCCGAGGAUCUGUUCUCGCAGUUCUUCGGCGGCGGCGGUGCCUUCGGCGGGAUGUUCGGCGGCGGCAUGCGCGACACGGGCCCCAAGAAGGCCCGCACCAUCCACCAUGUUCACAAGGUCAACCUGGAAGAUAUCUACCGGGGCAAGGUCUCGAAGCUGGCACUGCAAAAAUCCGUCAUUUGUCCCGGCUGUGAUGGCCGCGGUGGCAAGGAGGGUGCAGUUAAGGAGUGCUCGGGCUGCAACGGGUCUGGUAUGAAGACGAUGAUGCGCCAGAUGGGUCCGAUGAUCCAGCGCUUCCAGACGGUGUGCCCGGAUUGUAACGGGGAGGGCGAGAUUGUCCGCGAGAAGGACCGCUGCAAGCGUUGCACCGGCAAGAAGACCGUGGUGGAGCGCAAGGUGCUGCACGUCCACGUGGACAAGGGAGUGCGUGACGGCCACAAGAUCGAGUUCCGCGGCGAGGGUGACCAGAUGCCUGGUGUUUUGCCUGGUGACGUCGUGUUCGAGAUCGAGCAGAAGCCCCACCCUCGAUUCCAGCGCAAGGGUGACGACCUGUUCUUCCACUCCGAGAUCGAUUUGUUGACCGCACUGGGCGGUGGCACCAUCCACAUUGAGCACCUCGAUGAGCGGUGGUUGACCGUCAACAUUGCUCCGGGCGAGGUCAUUACUCCUGAUGCCAUCAAGGUCAUUGCCGGCCAGGGUAUGCCAUCGUUCCGCCACCACGACCACGGCAACCUCUACAUCAAGUUCGACGUCAAGUUCCCCGAGAAGGACCAGCUGCAGAAUCUGGAGCUCCUGGAGAAGGUGCUGCCGCCGCGCCUUCAGCAGACCCAGCCCCCGGCCGAUGCCAUGGUGGAGGACUUUGAAUUGCAGAGCAUCGAUGCCAGCGAAGGUUCCCAGGCUCGCGCCCACGGUGCUGCUUCGGGUAUGGACGAGGACGAUGAUGAUGUACCGCCGGGUGCCGAGCGGGUGCAGUGCGCUUCGCAGUAA